AUGAAGAACGAAGCAGGAAGUUGCCUGAAUGCGUGCGGCGACAGUCUUCUCCUUCACCCAGCGGGACGGACGACCGCUCGAACGGUGGAGUUGGUCCUCGAUGACUUAGACUUGGAGGAGAAUAUAAAUUCCGGCUCUGUAUCAGACGACUCCCAAGAACCCUUAGCGCGAGACGAGGAUGUAUCCAGGAAAAAACACCCAUCCCCAUCCAUUUUUUGCAUGACAAACAAUGGAUUUUAUGCAUGUUUUGCAUGACAAAUUGGAUGUGCCCGGGGAUGAAGAAAUACUCGCGAUGUUUUCCGCGGUUCUGACCCUAGAUCUCCUGCGUCCGAAGCUGCUUGCGGCGACGGUGCAAAGGUUUUUGAUGUGGUGCAGUCGGGUAUGCAUGACAAAUUGGAUGUGGAUGGGUGUUUUUUUCUGGAUAGGAUGGGCCGUUCCAUCAGCGGUCUCCUUUUGGAAUUGAGCGCAGCCACGGGAUAUCAAAUGUAAAAAUGUCUGGGUCUGGAAGAAUGCAACUUGUCAUGCUAAAUCUGAAGCAUGCAAAAAUCUGUGUUGCAUGAUUACCAAAAGUCGUCCAGUUUUGACCAAGUCGGGAGGCAGUUUUUCAUGCAGGAUAGGCAUGGGAAAGAUCGCGCAGAAUCUGUCAUGCUAUGUCCUGCAUGCCAGACCUCAUGGGUCAUAGAAAAGCUGCAUGACAAAUCGCGCAUUCUUCCAGACCCAGACAUUUUUACAUUUGAUACGGGAUGCGACGGCGGUGUUGUGGCAACUCGCAGGCCCGUGUGAUUUCGCUCGGGGGAUGUUUGGUGUUUGCCGCGUUAGCGACGACGUUCCUCGGGAUGUCCGCUGAUGUCACUGCAAUUAUGAAAAACCUGAAUAGUCCGGAUUCCGCCGGCCCCAGUGGAGACACGUUUGCAACAACCAGCGGGGCGGAUCUGCUACCCGCAGACGAGGGGAUCAGCCAAAGCACAGACACGUGGGCGGGGAGCGUCGCAAGGUCUUCCACAACCUUGAUGCACUAUCAACGGAACGAUCUUCGCUAUGAUCAUCAUUCAGGAGAAGGACGAGCUGCAGGCAGCACGCGGAUGAAGGACAGCGCAUCUUCUGCGGAUCAUGUGUCGCCCACGCCUGUUCAUUUGCGCGAUCCGGCCGUGGGACUCAAAGAUGACGAGGAUCCGAUAGAUGCUAGCAUCAUGCCUGGUUUGUCCUUGGGCAACAGUUUCGCUCGCCGCGCGACAACGUCGGCAGAUGUGGAGCGCAGCGCAUCUUCUUUGUCGACAACUUCUAGGGGACCAACUGCAGGCUCGACGCGGACGCCGGUCGGUCACGGAAUAGCAAGGACCACUCCGUUUGCGCCGCAUGGCGAGCGGGUCGCCAUGUCCCUCCCUGUGUUGUCCCCCGUGGAGAUGGACAGGUCAGUCGUGGAGGUCACAACAGGAUCAAGAAACUCAAUCGAGGAUCCUGAUGUUUUCCAGUCCUUCUGGGAGGAUGCGAUUCCGCAAUCCGAGAUCUUCGGUUUUUUCUUUGAAAUCGCGCAAGGCAUUGUUAUCGAGGAAAAGAAGGGGCCGGGUGGCUUGUUCAAAAACGAGGCCAGUCGGGAAACUCUCCGGCUCACCUCAGCAAACGGCACGAUCUUUGUCAACGGCAUUCCCCCCGAGUCGGUCAAACAAAUCGCGAGAGACGAGGAGGAAAGCGCGAGACAAAGGGCACAAGAAGCCAAGCCGGAGGGAGCCGAUGUCGUGAUCUGGAGACCCUAUCGGGACUUUUUGGAAUCCGUUCCGUGGCCUGAAGAUCACGAACGCACGUUCUCCAACUAUGAAUGGGCCGAGGUCAUCGAGCCACUGUGGCGGCGGACAUCGUCCUACAGGUUCGGAAGUUGCAAUUUCUUGAAGGACAUGACUGAGACAAAUCAGCGGAAUGUCAUCUCACAUAGCAUUGCUAAGAAGUCCUCAAGGCCCUCGGGGACAUCUUCACGCGCGAAUUUUUCAUCUCCUCCACGUGACAAACUUCGCGGUUCUGCUGGUUCUCGACGAGAGUCACGUAGUGAAAAAGACGAUGGACAUGAUGCUGCAUCACUUGCACUACAAAACCUAUCCUCCAAAGCGUCCGCGAAUCUUCGCGAAAGUAGGACUACUGCUGCAGAAGUAUCUGACAUGGAAGGGGACCACGACUACGCGGCUGAGACUGGGAAGCAAGUCGCAGGACCUACCGCCGCAACAGAGUCUCCCGCUCUCAUUUGUCAUAAAGUGGUCGACCGACUCCUAGGGAAGCUACUUGCGCACGAUUCUCAUGCGAGUGCCGUAAAAAGAAACGCUUCAUCACCAGUAGAUCCAUCGUCGACGAAGUUGCGCCAGCAGCUCCUGCACGACGACAGUCCGGUUAUUUCCACAUCUUCUGAUGAUCCGAAGCACCACUUGAACAAGAGGUUUUUCUUCCCUCCACCGGAUUUCCUCCUGGCCUUCAUCGCGCAGGAUUUUGGCUACGAGGCACCGACCUACAGGAACCGCAACGACCCGUUGCAACAGGCGUCGUGGUACCACCGCUGGCUAAACGACGAGAUCGACGUUGUCGAGGAGGUUCUGACCAAAAAGGACGGCACAUUGACGAGCAAGUGGCUGUACCCCUUGCUCAGCGACGGAAUGAGUCUGGACCCUACGGAGAACGAAUUUCGGUCCCGGGGCGUGCACCGCCUGAAACAAGACAUGGGGGAGUUCACCGUGGAGAAAAAGUUGGGAAAGAUGACGCCCCUGUUUGCCUUGACCCAGUACGAGAAGAACGAGAUCGAAAGCUUCCGGGCCUUGUUCGAACGGAAAGAAAAAAAUGUGGCUUGGGAAGUGAAUUUGCAGGACCAGUUGUUUCAAAACAAGUUGCAAGAGGACAUCGUCGUCGAGGCCCGCCGGGCCUACAGAGGAUUAACCGAGUACUUGGCGCACAACGCUCUGCUGCGAGAUUCGCGGCUGGUGCAGAAGUACUUUCAAAAUUGGCUAGAACAAAAUAACCGCCAGGAGAGAUAUUUUUCGCGUGCCGAAGAUGAACGCACAUGAUGAAAAAUUGCAGUGACCUCUCCCGAGGCACCAAACGGCUCUAUGAAUACACUUGGUAGGGGGCCGGCUUCGACGUCAUUUUCUGAAGGUGGCUGCCGCAAGUGAGAGAAGUUGCGAGGAAGACAUAAGAACUGACAACCCUUUUGAGAAUACAGGAACAGAAAGUUGUAAAUGUCUGCCGGUAAAGUAGCAAAACCCGCAAUCGUUUCAGCGAAGAAAAACUAGCAAAACUAGCAAUACAUUUACGUAGUUUCUGUCGGCGAAGCUGAAGCAGCAGCAGAAAGUCCACGAAAUUAUUCCGUGACGUUGUUGACGUUGAUCGUAUGCGGAAGAGGAACUGUCUGUGACUGUCCGUGUACGUAAUCACAUUCGGUUUCUACGGCGAGACGUGGAGGUAUAUUGAUCUAUAUGCUCUUCGUUUGGUAGUUGAAGUUGUGCCGGUUUCCGAAGAAUAGAGUAGAUCACGCCAGCAGGUUUCGGCUUCGUACGCGCCACUCUGUCGGUGCAACGGAAAGAUCAUGGUGCCCAC